AUGACACCAAACUCCACCGACGGUCCCAUUCAACCCAUUCAACGUCGCAAAGCAGCAGAGCGGCCGCAUGAACCCCACACCAGCUCAGAAAAGCCGACUCCCCUAAACGACGAGCACGAGCUACAGAGAUUUUGCCCUGCCGGAGUGGAAGAGAUUGACGACGUCUCGACAUCUCGAGAAGGCCUUGGCAAUGGCACACCAUGGGCCUCUUCAGCCACCAGUUUCAGUGUCACCUUGCCUCUACAGGCUAGCACCGAGAGCUUCGUGCAUGUACCGGCGAGUCCCCUGUUGAUGCCGUUGGGACGCGGCGUUGCGAGGAGCACCCAGGCUUCACAUAGCGCCGCCGGCUUCAAAGUUCACGCCAACUCAACUGCCGGCAGCAUUGCCUUUUGGCAGCGUAUCCUAGGCCGCAAACGACACCAUGUACCGACUGCAGUCCCAGCCUGCGACGAGACGUGCCGAAGCCGCUGUUGUAUCUUGAUCCGCCGACAUGGUCAUGCAAACGACGGCAUGCUCAACUCCUUCCCAGCCAUGGCCGGCCGGCAAAGCUUGGAAUUCCACAUCACGGCGCGACUUGUCGCAGCUUACAACCUUGCAUCGGCGCGGGCCCGGCGGGCAGCACACCUGGGUCUGUGGCUAGUGAUUCGCUGGUUCGGUUACAGUAUGCCGUCACCAAAACAUGUCAUAGUCCAAGGAUUCCACCGAAAUGGAACUCCAAAGUGGAUGGCCGGCCCCACGCACACUAUGUACAUGCUCGGAUUCCCUUGCGUACCCUUGUUUUGCUCGAGCGGAACGAGUUACUUGCUCUAG